AUGGACAACUAUUACUCUUCAGCAUCCAUGGCUAUGGACGCGAGCCAUGAGCAAAAGUACUUCAAGGCAGAGGACACCAACGGUCUGGAUGACAGCCUUCUUGAUCAGAGCGGCAUUGAUUCAGGCCUGGAACUUUCUCCUCCCAUGGACAACAGGCGAGAGUCCUUCGGCAUCGGAGGGCCUCUCUUCUCUCCCAAGACGGAAGAUUGGCACUCGGUCGACAUGCAGUCGCUGCCUUCCAACAACCCCUUCUUCGAGCCGCAUAGCACAAAUCCCUACAUGCGCUUCGACCAGCCCUCUGCCAACCCUUUCAUCUCCUCGGGCAAUCCCUGGGCCAUGAACGGAGGCUCCGGAGCAGCCACGCCUUUCCAGCGCUUCGGUGGUAUGGCGACGGAUUUUGAUGCCAACACUUCCAUCUUCCAGCAGCCCAUCCACGCUCCCACUCCUUUCCCCACCUCGGGCAACAUGUUCGCUUCUCUGGCCGAUGGCCAGUCCAUGAAAGACUCUGCCUCCGCCAAGAUGCGACCCAGCAGCCCCUCCAUCCGAUCGCACAACGAUCUGCGACGCGGCGAUGGCAUUCGGAAGAAGAAUGCUCGCUUCGAGAUCCCCGCUGAGCGGAACUUGAGCAACAUCGACCAGUUGAUUUCCCAGUCGACGGAUGAGCAGGAGAUUAAGGAACUCAAGCAACAGAAGCGACUGCUGCGAAACCGACAGGCAGCUCUCGACUCCCGGCAGCGCAAGAAGCAGCACACUGAGCGCUUGGAAGAUGAGAAGAAGCAAUUCACCGUCGUCAUCACUGACAUGGAAGAGGAGCUGGCUAGCCUCAAGACCAAGGUGGAGCAGCUCAUGCUCGAGAAGCAGCAGUGCGUCGAUUACAUCGAGACCCUCACCCUUGAGAAGGACGAGAUGAUCCGCACCCACACUAUCGAGACUGGUGAGCUGAGGAAAAAGGUGGGUGUCCUGACCGACCAUGUCCAGCGCCUGGAGAGCAGCAUUCCCCCCAACGCUGCCGCCAACGGCUUCUCCGGUGCCUACGACGACAUGGACGAUGCCAUGGAUUUGGCCGGUGCUUGGGAUAAUGGCUUCCUCAACGACUUCGAUGAGGUUAAGCCGCCCAUGACUGUUACCAAGAAGGACACCAACCCCUUCACCUCCGACUCCGAGAAGAGCUCCUCCCAGGGCGGUUUGUUGUUCAUGCUCUUCCUUGUUGGCGCCUUUGUCAUGUCGAGCCGCUCGAUGCCCUCCAUCCCCCGCGUGUCGGAGGAUGUCCGAGUUGCGUCGGCGACUCUUCUCGACAACGUGCUCAAGGAUGCCGGCGUCAACCCCUCGACCGGCAUGGCCGCCAUCGCUCCUCAGCCUUCCGGCGUCUCUUGGGGACAGCCCGUUAGCGCUAGCGUGAUGGCCGGCAUGGCCGCCGAUGGCGUUGUUGCGCCGUCCAUGCUCAUUGAGCUCGGCGACAGCCUCAUCCAGCCCUCGCAGCAGCAGACCAACGAGCAGAUCUUCUCCCUCUCUGCCGCCCAGUACAACGGAGUCAGCGACCACGACUUCCUCCGCGACGCCGCCGGUAGGAUGCCCACCAAGGCUCGCAAGAACCUGGCUCAGUCUCUUGCUGAGAUGCGGGACGCCGCCAAGCAGUCGGGCGCCGCCGAGGUGUACACUCGCACUCUCCUCUGGGACCAGAUCCCCAACGACGUGGUCCGAAACUUUGCCAGAAUGGUUGUAGAGUGCAAUAGCGCUCAGAAUUCGCAGCAAUGCAACGAAGCGAGGUCAUGA